AUGUACAGUGAUGUGCUUAUCGGAUUAUUAACAAGAAUAGCACCAUAUCGUUCUCGACAGGGCUCACCAUUGAAACUUAUCAUUAUGAGUGCAACACUACAACUCGAUGAUUUCCGGAACAAAAGGCUUUUUACCGGUCCAUUACCGCCCGCUUUGAAAAUCGAUGCCAGACAGUAUCCGGUGACGGUUCAUUUUGAGAAACAAACUCCAGAAGAUUAUCUUGCUGCUGCAUACCAAAAAGUCUGCAAAAUUCACAGUCAAAAAGGUCCUGGAACAAUAUUGGUUUUUCUUUCCGGCAGGCUUGAGAAAAACGAUGAUUCUCUAUUUCUCUUACAGGUGAUAACACUGUUGAAAUGGCUGCGAGCACGUUUUCCGAUCAGGAAUCGAAAGAAAGAACGAAAAUCUGGUGAAAAGAAAACGAUGAAAGGUAAACGGAAUCGAACGGAGGAACAGAAAUCAGCUUCCAGUAAAGAAAAAUCUCUAGGUGGCGUCGACGUGGAAAUAGCGGAUGACAGAUUUGCGGAUGCUGAUAAUUUGGAUUGGGAAGAGGAUGGCUCGGAUUCCGAAGUAAGAGAUAUGGUAUGGUCAAAAAAUUAG